CAUGUGUUAUUCGUGGGUUGUGGAUGGUGUCUUCUUGCAAUGCAUCCAUAGGCCUAAACUACCUCCAGGUCCAAAACCGUGGCCUAUAGUUGGUAACCUUCCUGAAAUGCUUGCAAACAGACCUGUAUUUCGGUGGAUACACAAUCUCAUGCAAGAAAUGAACACUGAAAUUGCAUGUAUUCGCCUAGGAAAAGUCCACGUAAUCCCAGUGUCAUGUCCCACCCUUGCUUGUGAGUUUUUGAGGAAGCAUGAUGCUGAGUUUGCAUCAAGACCACUAACCAUGGCCACUGAUAUCAUAUCUAGUGGUUAUGUGACCAUAGCUAUUGUACCCUUUGGGGAACAAUGGAAGAAAAUGAGGAGAAUCAUUGUCAACGACUUGUUCUCCCCCCUCAGGCACCGGUGGUUUGAAGACAAAAGGAACGAAGAAGCAGAUAACAUCAUGGUUUAUGUCUACAACAAAUGCAACAAUGUGAAGGAUGGGGGCCUUGUGACUGUGAGAGAUGUUUCACAACACUAUUGUUGCAAUGUGACGAGGAAAUUGAUUUUUAAUACAAGGUACUUUGGAAAGGGUAGUGCGGAUGGAGGUCCUGGGUUAGAGGAAGUGGAACAAGUGAAUACUAUUUUCACAUUGCUUAGUCACGUUUAUGACUUCUCUGCUUCUGAUUAUGUCCCGUGGUUGAGGGUUCUUGAUUUGGAUGGCCACAAGAGCAAGGUGAAGAAAGGUAUGAGGACCAUGGAGAAGUAUCAUGAUCCAAUGGUUGAAGAGAGAAUGAAGAAAUGGAAUGAUGGAUCAAAGAGCGUUGAAGAGGACUUGCUGGAUGUUCUGAUCUCACUCAAAGAUGCAAAUGAUAAUCCAACAUUGACAAUGAAGGAAAUCAAGGCGCUAACUAUA